UCAUGCGCUUGUUCCGCCCACCCCUCUCGACCGGAAGACGUUCGCAGCGGAAGUCCCGCCCUCGGAGCAAAGACCGGCGCUCAUUGGCCCGCGGAACGCAAGUCCCGCCCUCCGGUUCCAGACCGGGGCCGGUUCCCCAGGAAGGUAUGGUCAACAUGGAUGAUCUAGCGGAGCUGGAGGAGGAAGAAGAGAGUGCAGACCACCUGCGUGUCCUGACACUGCCCCUGCACGCUCACCACGCCAUUGCCAAGAUGGAGGAGUUUGUCUUUAAGGUAAGCCUGCCUUAGCCCUUUAAUUCUGAGGCUGCGCCCUCUAGUCCU